UCCCCAGGGUCCCUCUUGGGCUGUCCUAGGGGAGGGGGCUCUGGGAGCCACGAGGCCCCUCCCUGCUUCUCUCUCCAUCUCCCGGCAAGCUCAGAGGGGCGGGGAGAGAGAGCCAGAGGAGGAGGAGAACUCGGGCAGCUCUGCAGAGGGGGGCAGGAGCUCCGGUGUUUGGUACCCCCAGCCCCACCGCUGUGGCCGCUGCUGCAGCGGGGACACAGACGUCCCCAGUUUCCUUGUGCGAGUGGCCCAGGGCCUCUCCAACCCCCACCAUCCUGGAGACAGCCACAUUUUCCUAAAGGCCACCGCCCCCCAAGUCUCCGAGAGCCUGGGGCUCGGCAGGAUGGCGGCAGGUGUGGCCACGUGGCUGCCUUUUGCGCGGGCGGCCGCAGUGGGCUGGCUGCCGCUGGCCCAGCAGCCCCUGCCGCCAGCGCCGGGGGUGAAGGCAUCUCGAGGGGAUGAGGUUCUGGUGGUGAACGUGAGCGGGCGACGCUUUGAGACCUGGAAGAACACUCUGGACCGCUACCCCGACACCUUACUGGGCAGUUCAGAGAAGGAAUUCUUCUUUGACGCCGACUCGGGCGAGUACUUCUUCGACCGCGACCCGGACAUGUUCCGGCACGUCCUGAACUUCUACCGCACGGGCAGACUGCACUGCCCGCGGCAGGAGUGCAUCCAGGCCUUCGACGAGGAGCUGGCUUUCUACGGCCUGGUGCCGGAGCUCGUCGGAGACUGCUGUCUCGAGGAGUACCGGGACCGCAAGAAGGAGAACGCUGAGCGCCUGGCGGAGGACGAGGAGGCCGAGCAGGGCGGAGACGGCCCCACCUUGCCGGCCGGCAGGUCCCUGCGCCAGCGACUCUGGCGGGCCUUCGAGAACCCCCACACUAGCACCGCGGCCCUCGUUUUCUACUAUGUGACCGGCUUUUUCAUAGCUGUGUCGGUCAUCGCCAACGUGGUCGAGACCAUCCCGUGCCGUGGCCCCACGCGGCGGCCCCCGCGGGAGCAGCCCUGUGGUGACCGCUUCCCCCUGGCCUUCUUCUGCAUGGACACGGCCUGUGUACUCAUCUUCACGGGCGAAUACCUCCUGCGGCUGUUCGCUGCCCCCAGCCGUUGCCGCUUCUUGCGGAGUGUAAUGAGCCUUAUCGACGUGGUGGCCAUCCUGCCCUACUACAUUGGGCUUUUCGUGCCCAAGAACGAGGACGUCUCGGGCGCCUUCGUCACCCUGCGUGUGUUCCGGGUGUUCCGCAUCUUCAAGUUCUCCAGGCACUCACAGGGCUUGCGGAUUCUGGGCUACACACUCAAGAGCUGUGCCUCUGAGCUGGGCUUUCUCCUCUUUUCCCUUACCAUGGCCAUCAUCAUCUUCGCCACUGUCAUGUUUUAUGCCGAGAAGGGCACAAACAAGACCAACUUCACUAGCAUCCCUGCGGCCUUCUGGUAUACCAUUGUCACCAUGACUACACUUGGCUAUGGAGACAUGGUGCCCAGCACCAUCGCUGGCAAGAUUUUCGGAUCCAUCUGCUCACUCAGUGGCGUCUUGGUCAUUGCCCUGCCUGUGCCAGUCAUUGUGUCCAACUUUAGCCGCAUCUACCACCAGAACCAGCGUGCUGACAAGCGCCGAGCACAGCAGAAGGUGCGCUUAGCAAGGAUCCGGUUAGCAAAGAGUGGUACCACCAAUGCCUUCCUGCAGUACAAGCAGAACGGGGGCCUUGAGGACAGUGGCAGUGGGGAGGAACAGGCGCUGUGUGUCAGGAACCGUUCUGCUUUUGAGCAGCAACAUCACCACUUGCUGCAUUGUCUAGAGAAGACGACGUGCCAUGAGUUCACAGAUGAGCUAACCUUCAGUGAUACUCUGGGGGCUGUCUCACUGGGUGGCCGCACCAGCCGCAGCACUUCUGUGUCCUCCCAGCCAGUGGGGCCUGGCAGCCUGCUGUCCUCUUGCUGCCCCCGCAGGGCCAAGCGCCGUGCCAUCCGCCUUGCCAACUCCACUGCCUCGGUCAGCCGUGGCAGCAUGCAAGAGCUGGACACACUGGCAGGGCUGCGGAGGAGCCCUGCCCCUCAGAGCCGCUCAAGCCUCAAUGCCAAGCCCCAUGACAGCCUUGACCUGAACUGUGAAAGCCGGGACUUCGUGGCUGCCAUCAUCAGUAUCCCUACCCCUCCUGCCAACACCCCAAAUGAGAGCCAACCUUCCUCCCCUGGUGGUGGCGGCGGGGCCAGCAGCACCCUCAGGAACUCCAGCCUGGGUACCCCUUGCCUCCUCCCUGAGACUGUCAAGAUCUCUUCCCUGUGAGGGGCGGCCCCGCCCAUCCAGAGAGCCCUCUUGAUUCUUGGGGACUCCUUUCCAAAGCCAUAUUUUGGAGAGGCAGAGAGGGGCAGGCCUGGGGACCCCUUCUGCCCCCCACUGAGAACUAUGCAAUGGAGUUUCAUGGAAUGGCCUACCUAGUGGGGAAGUAGCCAGGGAAUGGGAAACUUCCCCCAGCCCAGACAGUUUUCCUUGUGGGAGCUGAAGAGCUGGGCUUCCUCGCGCCCCUGGCCUCCUUGCCCCAGCACACUGGGACUGGCCCCUCUUCCUGAGCUGGCCUCCUGCAUGCUCCUCCCCUCGGGCCGUUGGGCUCCCACCUGACAUCUGAGCUCGGCGUAAGAAGGAGAGAUGAGACUUCCUCUUCUCUCUGGCCGGGCUGUGGAGGUUUGGAGGUUCAGAGAAAAGAACUCUCACUUCUGAUCUGGCCUUUAGGAGAGGUCCCCACCCUCCACCAGGCCCAAUAACUCCCAGAUUCUGAAGCUUGGAAUGCAACCACAGGCUUCAUGAGCUGUGCCUCAGCAGUGACCUGCCACCCCCAGACCUUGGCUCAGGGGUCAGGCUGCCUCUCCCAACACACACAGAUAGCACAAACACCACCCACCUUCCCUGGCUGCUGGAAAUGGGUCCCCACAACCCCGUCCUCUGCUGGGCCCCCAGCCAACUCUAGCAAUAGCAGUUGCUGCCAUGACAUUAUGCAAAGCCUUUGCCCAGUUUGCUGCAGCAUUUACAUCUGCCCUAAUCAGAGGGGCCACCUCUAACUACUCCUCCUUCUCUCUUCUCUGGUUUGCUCCCUUCCUGGGUUGGGCUGGAGUCUGGACUGGCUGAGAUAAGACCUGGCAGCUAGCAAGAGCAGGGCUGUGUUUGGAGAUCACGGGCUAAUUCCAUGUUCUUGGGCAGGAGUCCAGAAGCAUCAGGGCUGGGGCCUGGGUUGUUCCUGAACUCUGGGAGUUCUAGGAGGCAGGAGGAACUUAUUGAUCUCC